UUUAUCAUGAUCAUGACUAGAUGAUGCUGGACGUGGAUCUAUAAAUCUAAUCCGCUUUGUAGCAAAACUAGUCUCGUCCAAGGUUGAGGGUGUCAAAAACGUUGAUCACCGAGAAUAGAGAAGCUGAUCAGGAAUUUCUAACUGCGCCUAGAAUAGAAGCUCUUAGAAAAGAUCAAAGGAAAAAAUGGAAGAGGGUGAUAGCUCAUCAUCUCAAUCUCCUGCCAUUUAUGCUCCUCUCCGCCGAGCUAUCCUAGAAGAUGACUGGAAUGCUGCUAAACAUUUUAUUGAGACCCAUUCAAACUGCCUUGGAGCCGCCAUAACAAAAGACCAAGAUACAGCUCUUCAUUUUUCUGUAGCUGCAAAACGUACACGUUUUGUAAAAAAUCUCGUGGGAUUGAUGACGUCGGAACAAUUAGCAUUGAAAUCCAAUGAUGGCAGGACCACAGCCCUUUAUUUUGCCGCUCAAUCAGGAAUCGUAACAAUUGCAAAGGUGAUGGUGAAACAUAACAAAAAUCUACCAUCGAUACUCCCCAGUCACCUCAAGGGCUACAUCCAAGAUUUACCACUUUACGCGGCAAUAGUGACUGGAAAUAGAGACAUGGUGUCGUACUUGUACUCUAAGACUCCUAUUCAAGAUUUGACUUCUGCGGAUCGCACUGAGCUCCUUAAGGCUACUAUUUCCAGUAAUUUGUAUGAUACGGCACACAAAAUUCUGGCUACUGAACUAAAGUUAGCACCUGGAAAUAAGGAUCUUCUUUGGGAAGCAUUGGAAAUGUUGGCCAGAAAACCUUCGGAAAAAAUUGGCAGCAAAAGUCAGCCAUCAGUAUGGGAAAGAUGCUUAAACUCCUGCUUCAGAGGUCGCUUCUGCAACAAAGCUUUGAUGCAAGCAUCAGCCCAUCAAUUAGUUUGCUGCCUUUUCAAAAAGCUUGGAGACGACAAAUUUGAUUUCUCGCCACCUGAUAUGCUUCAACAUCAUAAGAAACUAGUUGUUGAAGCUGCAAGAGUAGGGAACGUUGAAUUUCUAAUUAUACUUAUUCGCUCUUAUCCCGAACUCAUAUGGCAACGAGAUGACGAAAAUGGAACUUUAUUUCACGUUGCUAUUAAAUAUCGACAAGUGCGAGUUUUUAAUUUAAUAUAUGAGAUAGGUGUUAUGAAGGACAACCUUGGGACCAUUAAAACCAAAGAAGAAAAGAACAUGAUGCUGCACUUAGCUAGUGAAUUGCCUUCUCAAGAUCGACUAAAUAUCGUAUCAGGAGCAGCCCUUCAAAUGCAACGAGAGUUGUUGUGGUUUCAAGAGAUAGAAAAGAUCGUGCCGAAGUCAUCUGUGGACGAGACGAAUGAAGAAAACAAAACACCUAAGGAUAUAUUUGUGGAGACCCAUAAAAAACUACAUAAAAAUGGUGAAAAGUGGAUGAAGGUCACGGCAAAAUCUUGCAUGCUCGUGGCAACACUGAUUGCCACCGUGGUUUUUCCAUCUGCUUUCAUUAUACCGGGUGGCAACAAUCAAGAAGGCAUUCCUAUAUUUCUGGAAAGCAACUGGUUUAUGGUAUUCUUCGUAUCAGAUGCAGUAGCAAUGUUAUUCUCUUCAGCUUCAAUAUUAGUUUUCUUGUCAAUUCUCACGUCACGCUACACGACAAACGAUUUCCUUAUAUCAUUACCUUGUUGGUUAGCGUUGGGACUCGCUACGCUUUUAAUCUCAAUAGUAGGCAUGUUGAUUGCCUUCACUGCAGCUUGUUUUUUGGUCUUUAAAUCCAAAACAAGUAGUGUUCUGAUCAGUAUACUUGUUGCGGCACCCGCUGUCCCAAUUAGUUUGUUUGUUAUCCUACAACAUGGCCUUUGGGUUGAUAUAUUCUACUCAGCAUUUUGUUCUAAUUGGCUCCUUUUCCGGUCACAGAAUAGGCUUUCCAAGCAAGCACACUGGCUAGCCUGUUGGGGAAAGAUCUACAACCAGUCAUGAAAUUUGACCAAAUUCCUAUCAAGGCUUCAGUUUGGUCUUCAUUAAUUAGCUAGGAAUGUUGGCUUUUCGUGUGUACAUGUGUGCAUAUAUAUAUAUAUAUAUGUGUGUGUGUGUGUGUGUGUUUCUGGUUGUGCUUUUGUUAAUUUGUAAAACCCAAGGUUACUAGGACUCGUUAUGUAUGAUAAUUCUAUAAAUGGUGUUUGUCAUAUUAUAUAUAUUAAAUAUGUUGUAUUAUAAUCUUAAUCA